AUGGAUGAUGAUUCAAAAGAAGAAGAGGAAUUGGCUACCAACAUAGUAAUGAUAGGUGUCUCCAUGUUACUUCUUGCAUUGGUUACUAUUGCUGUUUUUGCCAACCUAGGUGGUGGCACCAAAGAAGAAACAAAUUUUAAGAGCAUUAACUUUAUCUGUGCUAAAACAGAAUCACCAGAAACUUGUCUUCAUGUCUUAAAAAAUAUAGGCGAAAGAGCUUCCCCUUUGGAUUACAUUAAUGCUGCGAUUAAUGCAACUCUUGAAGAAUUAAUGAUAGUUAAUAUACCAAAACCUGAUUCUGAAAAAUGCUUAACUUCUUUGCAGAAGAAAUCAUAUAGAGAUUGUUUGGAGUUGUUGAAUAUGGGAAAAGAUGAGCUUGAAAAUUUGAACUUUACCGCGAAUUUGUCUAGGGAAUCAAAAGAAAUGAUCAAUAGCCUAAGCGCGAUCAUUUCGUAUCAACAAACUUGUUCUAACGAGUUGAUGAGAACAAAUAAUUUUGAUAUUUUAGGAUAUUCUUUGAAGUUACCUAUUCUUCUUUCAAGGAUUACAUUAACAAUUGUUGAUACUUUCUUCGAGAAGCCGGUUUUGGACGAAGGGUUUGAGAAAAUGUUCACGGGAGCGAACCAUGAAGCUAUGGAAGUUGAUCAUGAGAAGAAAAGACUAAUCGUUGCUCAAGAAGGCCGCGGCCAUUUUACAACAAUAACCGAAUCACUCAAUGCUUGUGCAAGGAAUAUAGAAUCUUCAUGUGUUAUUUAUGUGAUGAAAGGCGUGUAUGAAGAGAGAGUUGUGAUACCUAAGAAUUUAGAAUAUGUUUUCAUGUAUGGCGAUGGGCCUAGGAAAACCAUUGUCACCGGAAUCAAUACACAAGGCUCGAGGAUUGUUACAACUCCAUUUCGUUCUGCUACUUUUGUGGUGAAAGGGAAAGGAUUCAUUUGCAAAGAUAUGGGAUUCAGUGCACCUGCUAAUAUAGCAGGUGCACCUGCACUUGUUGUGUUUUGUGAUCAUGCAGCAUUCUUCAACUGCAAAAUUGAUGGCAACGAAGGAAGCUUAUACGCGGUGGCGCAUCGCCAAUUCUAUGGAAACUGCGAAAUUCGUGGAAGUGUAGACAUUAUCAAAGGAGACUCAGCGACUAUAAUUCAAAACUCACGAAUCAUAGUGAAGCGUCAAAAUUCUUCUGUUGUUCCAAGGAAAAAAGCGGUGAGUUUUCAAUCAAGAGUAGACAAACAUGAAAGUACUGGUUUUGUGAUGCAAAACUGCACCAUUGAAGCAGAAGAAUGCGAAACCGAUGAUAAUAAUAAUAAUAGUCUUGUUGGCUCGACGUGUUUGGGAAUACCGUGUAAUGAACAUUCGAGAACAGUCGUAAUGGAAUCGUUUCUUGGCAAUGUGAUAAGCCCGGGAGGUUGGUGUAAAUGGAGUAAUAACUAUGGAGUUGGUACAGCAAAUUUUAUUGAGUAUAAUAAUAGAGGAAUUGGUGCAAGAACUGGUAAGAGGGUACAUUGGGAGAGUUAUAGAGAUGUUUCUCAGAAUCGGAAAAGUGAAAUGAUGAAGUUUACAGCUGAUGAGUUUAUUCAAGCAGAUCAAUGGUUGAAAAAUACUAGUAUUCCAUAUCAAUCUGGACUUUUCUUUCAUAAUUAG